CUUUUACCUUGAAUAUAGAGAAAGGGAUUCCAUUGAAAAUAAAAACGAAAAUAUGUACACAUGCUACUUUAUUUGACAUGCGUACAUGUACAUGCGAAAUAGAUAUUUAAAUUUUUACUCUACGAUUGGUGGUAAUUUGGGUGAUAACAAUUCGUGACAAAGCGUCGUGUUUUCAUAGCAUGGCAAAAUAAAGAUUCAGAAAUGAUUGCUGGAUUAAAAUGAUUGAUUGAAGCGUCAAGCUGCAAUACAUAAGUCAAAAUCUUCAUUUUUUGUGAUUCUUUUUGGAAAUAUUGCUUGACGUUAGCAUCCGUCAGAGUAAUUCACGGUUAUUUGAAUUGAUGAGAAAUUGAAAAUUAUGAGGAAAAUGUAAUUCUUAUCAUUUAGAGAUCAUUAAGAGACUUCCAUCAUUUGUCUAAGGUAAAUACUAAAAACGACAGGGAAGAUCAUACAUUUGAUAUAUAGGGAUGAAUCAUCCUACAGGAUGAAAAUCCCAGAAAAAAAAUACAUUUGAUAUUCAAAUGAAUAAUACCUAUGUUUUAAAAUUCAACAUCAGAAUGUUUGAUUUUCAAUGACUCUGGUUGAGUGCUCAUGGCAUAUCGAAAACAGAAGAAAUAUACGAAAUACUUUCAAGUUCAAAUUAUUAAGCGCGUCUUAAUUCAAGGCUGAGUAAGCUUUCAAGUGAGUGUUCUAUCAAAGUUAGAUAAAGUUUCCUUAAGAUGAUAAUAGAGGUAGAAAAUGCUAUCUAUUACGUCGUUCUUGAUUAUAUUAGUGGUAUGGUUCUGGCAAAUUCUGCAUGAAACUGAAUCUCAGAAUCUCUGGAAUAAAUAGAAGUAAAAAUGUUCAUAGGAUCGAAAAUAAACUGAUUUAAUCGAUUUUUCCAAGGCUAAAGAAUCUAAAAAAUCGAAAAUUUGAGUUCAAAAGAUCGAUCAAUCUUAGCCAGACACAUGUGCCAAAAUCGGAUGUUGCAAAAAUCGAAUGUUGCCAAAAACAAACGGGGUACGUUGUAUAGUGAAAAAGCGUUUUACUUGAAUUUACAAGAAUAUUGCUAACCAAAUCAAGCCUGUAACUUGUUUUGUGUAAUAAAUUUGUCAUAUUUAAUUUAUCUUCGAAAUUGAAACAACUCCAGAGGUCACUUACCAAUCAAACAGGUGAACGCCAGGGUGGCCAAAAUGCCCUGCAAGAACCACCCGAACAGAUCGGUCAAGGCAUCUUUGCUGCAGUGCAGGGUUGACCAUUCGGUAUUGCCAGUUCCGGCGGCCUCAUCAAUCGUCAUCAACAAAGUGGUAUCCGAUGAGGUGUUCAUCUUAUUUUUAUUUUUUGACGCUUCUGCUGAUUGCGUUGCCUUACUGCUGGCAGGCAGCUUGAUUCGUUAGCGUGUUAUGUAUGCUACUAUUGGUCUCUCGCACAGUUAGAUAAUUUUUUUCUUUCCUUCGGUCAGCCAGCAGUACACAAGCUGUUUAUUUUGCUCGCUCGCUGAGGCGUUUCUUUCGUUGCUUUUGUGGUGUGUAUAAAUUUGCUGUAUCUAUAAUAAUCUACUGGCCUGCAGACACACUGACUUAAGCCAAGAAAGCGACAUAGCGCACGCAAAACUGGCUUGGUAGGAAUUCUAGAUGUGUUAUCAAAUAUACAGAUGCCUCGUUUGGAUGUUUGCUGGAUAUGUCGUGGGGAGAUAAUUAUGCUACAGUAUAGUAACUCAAAUGCUCUUCUUCUAUGGCAACAUCAGUAAUCCUAAACGGAUAAAAGGUCUUGGCCAGUUUCCGAGAUUUAUUCCUUUUCUGGGAACCAGGAAGCGAGCCACAUAAAAAUAAACGAGGAUUACCAAUAUGAAGAUUUGCAACGCGAACGUCACACUUCUUCGUUUUCUUCAAGACUCUUCGACAAUGGUGAUGAUGAUGGAUCUCUGAAGUCCCGUUCCGUGAUCUUGGAGCACCUCCAGUUCAACAGCAUUUUUCACCAUCUACCAUCGUUCGGUUGGGUCCAAAAAAUCACUCAACGCGUUCGCACUAACAGCAACUAGGAUUUACGAACAGUUUUAGGACCGAUUGGUACAACUUUUCCGAUUAAAAUCAACAGUAAUUAAAAGAACCCUACACGAAAUUUAAUGCCUCUCGUGAAUGGUAAUGCAUAUAGAUGUGUAACCAUCGUCGAACUCGUCGUCCGUCGGGCUGCGUACAAAAAAGGUGACGUUUUUUCUCGUCGCGAUCGACAGGUGUCAAAACAACUGAUCGUGCUAGAAACCGAUGAGCAUGUUUCCUGUUUGAACCAUAGCAACGGUUUCUUUGGUUUAUCGACAAACCGGAAGCAUGGUAACGACGCGUCCGAAAACCGCCUGUUUGUUGUUCCGAUUCUGUUGAGAAAAUAUUUUCCGUUGCGAUUCAUCCUACUAGUGAAAAAUGAAUAUAUUUUAUCCGGAAAUUAAUAUUAAACAUGAAGUUCAGAAGCUGGUGGAAACCGCUGAUCAGGCGUAUGAUAGCCAUAUGAUGGAAAAACGACAAAGAUUGAAAGAUCUGCUACAGACAGAAGAAAUGCAACAUCAAAAGGAAGCCCUGGAAAUUCUGCAACAAAGGAAGGCCGAAUCUCUCAGGGAACGAGAAAAUAAUCUACUGGCAGCGAAACAAGAAAAGGAACGGGAACGCGAAGAAUAUGUCAAAAAUAAAAUGAUCCAACUGAAAAUAAACAACUGUGAUGAAAUACGAACAAUCAUAAAUCAAAAAUGUUUAGAAGAUUCUAAAAGUAGCCAACUGAAGCAAAUAAACGAAAAACUUAAGAUGAAACAAGUUGAGCAGGAAGAGGAUCGAAUUUGGAAAGAAGUGCUGCACCGUAGCUACAACAUUGCACUAACACGUGAGUUGAAUGAUAAACGAAAACAUAAAAUGUUGGAAGAAAAAACCCUACAAGCCAUCAAGCACCAAAUACACGAAAAGUCCUUGAAGGCGAAACAAGAAAAAGUGGACCUUCAACAGGUCCAUUGUACCUCGUUACCAUUUCCGGAAAACGACGAUAAGUUGAAAAAGAUUCCGAAGUGUGACUUGGCCAAAGAUUUAGAAGACCAAAUCAAGACAAACAUGAUACUGCGCAAAAAACGCCAGGAACAAGAAAGUGAAAUGGAUAAGAUACUGAACGAGGCAAUGCAACGGGAGCUGGAACAGGAAAAAGCAAAACGUGACGAACAGAAGGAUAUUUUCAAAAAGCAAAUAAAUCAAUUUUAUCAAUACUCCCAGCACGUGCAGAAACAGCGGAUGGCCGAUGAAGCUAAAAUGGACAAACUGAUAAACGAUGUUCACAAAAAACAUGAUCAAUCGUUCUUGGAGAACUGUCGUUCUACCCGCAAGAAACAGAAAGAUUUUGCAGAUACCGUUUACGAAAUUCAACGGAAACAGAUGUCAGAGAUGGAAUCCAACCGUAAGCAAGAACGAGAACAAGAAUUGGUCGAAGGAAGACGCGAAAGGGAAAUUUACGAGAAACAUCGACAGGCGAGCGUUGAAGCCGAUAACCGAUCGCGGUUGGAGAUCAAAAAGUAUCGUGAAACGCUCAAGGAACAAAUCAAAUCGGCCACGCUGGAGAGGGAACGCAACAAAAAGCAGAAUCAGAUGCAAACAAAUAUGUUGGCCGAUGCUAGUGCGCGCGAGCUCGAUUUUGUACGAUCGUACAUGAAAGGAACGUACGAAAAUCAUUUCAGGCAACAUCCAAACAGAUCACUUUUGAAAAAGAAAUUCUAAAACGACGGUUUUCAUGCAACGUAAAUUGAGAAAUAUUAAAAUAAAAUUCUAGUUUUUGUGACAGUCUUAAA